AUGAAGUCCGCACAGCAAAGUCUGUCACGUUUACGAGCAGCGGGCCCCAAGAUCCACGACAAGGAGAGGGAAUGGGCACAAGAGUUGGUUGAUUUGAUCGAGAGUGUUGUUGGGAAAUGGAGUGUCACAGUUGGUCUGGAGCGUAUAAAUGCAAACGUUGCUAUCGCCCUUAAGGAACUCAGCCGCAACGUUGUGGUUGCUCAACGAGCCAUAGAGAUGGCAAGGACUAUCAAAUCGCCCGAGGAGGUCAAAUUUAUUGUCGCAUCUCUUCGCGCAACAGAGGUCGCCGUAGGCAACCUCCGCGAUUCAAUCGCGCCAGGUCUCACGGAGAAUCAACACUGA